GUAGCUGUACAACAACUACACGUGUUCAGCUCAACCCAGAAGCCCGUCCCAAUCCUUGCAUAUCCAUACCAGCUCAAAGGAGGAGGCGUGGAUAGGGCUUUUGUUACCUGCAUUAGAAUACCUGCAGCUACAUGGAAAGAAUUUAAGAUGUCGUCAAAGGAGAGGAACUGCAACCGAUGUGUUACGGCCUCAAUACAGACGAGAGGAGGACAAGGAGGACAUUGCACCGGGUGUAAAUGUACCUGGCGCACGCAAGAACAAGUGAGAAUACAUAACUUGUCCUACUUUGAUACAAAGGACGAAAUAUAAGAAUGGUUCACUGGAGAACUCAUCUUACUCCUCGACCCAUCGCUCUCUCAUAAGUGUUUUGUUGUCGAACUCUUUUAACGACCACGUUUUGGAUCACCAUCACUCUCUGUCUCACCUGUUACCCGUUGACUAUGGAUUUUAAACGGAGAAAGAUUUCAAAGGAGUUUAGAUUUGACAUUUUGGAAAAGAGAAGUUAUAUCUGCAUCUGGAAAGGUUAGAUACUGAAGUGUUGCCAAUGUGAACGCAAGAAUGACCACUUCAUUCUAGUGAAUGGCCCGUCCCAGAAGCGGUUAUGAUCAUGCACAGACCCCUCCGAAGGUGGAAUUUGUACGUCUUCUUGUGCUUUGGCAUCAUCUACUUAAGGCUUGGGGCCCUGUCUUCCGUGGUGGCGUUGGGUGCCAACAUCAUCUGCAACAAGAUCCCUGGGCUGGCGCCUCGCCAACGGGCCAUCUGCCAGAGCCGCCCGGACGCCAUCAUCGUGGUGGGGGAGGGCGCCCAGCUGGGCAUCAAUGAGUGUCAGUACCAGUUUCGCUACGGCCGGUGGAAUUGCUCCGCCCUGGGGGAGAGGACUGUCUUCGGACAGGAGCUGCGAGUAGGUAGCCGGGAGGCUGCGUUCACGUACGCUAUCACGGCCGCUGGCGUAGCCCACGCCAUCACGGCGGCGUGUAGCCAGGGCAACCUGAGCCAGUGUGGCUGUGACCGGGAGAAGCAGGGUUACUAUAAUCAGGAGGAGGGCUGGAAGUGGGGAGGCUGCUCGGCGGACAUCAAGUAUGGCGUGGAGUUCUCCAGGAGGUUCGUAGACGCCCGCGAGAUCAAGAAGACCACGCGCCGGCUGAUGAACCUCCACAACAAUGAGGCAGGGAGAAAGGUCCUGGAAGAGCGGAUGAAGUUGGAGUGUAAGUGUCACGGCGUGUCGGGCUCCUGCACUACCAAGACCUGCUGGACGACCCUGCCCAAGUUCCGAGAGAUCGGCUAUAUCCUGAAGGACAAGUACAACGAGGCGGUUCAUGUGGAGGUGGUCCGGGCCAGCCGACUACGCCAGCCAACCUUCCUCAAGGUGAAGAAGACCCAGGGCUUCCGCAAGCCCAUGGAGACCGACCUCGUCUACAUCGAGAGGUCGCCCAACUACUGCGAGGAGGACGCGGCCACGGGGAGCGUGGGUACCCAGGGGAGGCUGUGUAACCGCACCUCGCCCCACACGGACGGCUGCGACCUCAUGUGCUGCGGCCGGGGCUACAACACGCACCAGUACACCAAAGUGUGGCAGUGCAACUGUAAGUUCCAGUGGUGCUGCUUUGUCAAGUGCAACACGUGCAGCGAGAGGACGGAGGUGUUUACCUGCAAAUAAAGGGGUUUGGUAUAACGGACCUACAGUACGGUACUAUGACGGGGAGGGGCGUAGCAGGACUAGUUGGAUGAGGAGGAAGACCCCCAGAGGAAAGAUAAAUGGACAUGUCUUGGAACAGGAACAAUGAAAGAUUUUACAAUAAAAAAGGAAUGGAAUUUUUCAUGUCAGCUCUUCAUGGCAUUGUUUUGCACAGCAGAAUCAAAAUUUGCUUUUUAAGAAAGUAAAGGCUAAAUAUCAAUAGGUAAUAAUACUACCCCAAAUCUUUGACUGACUGAGACAAAAUAGUGUGCUCAUUUAGUGAUGUAUUCAAAGUGACUCUAAACGUUGGGACUACAGGAAACAAAUAGUGCCUGGACGGGAACUGUGCAUUGCACUCUGGGAUUUGUAGUUCUUUAUUUCCCGGAAUGGCUUCCAAAUGGAACAGAAAGAGACUGGAGAUGCGGUAGAAAAUUACAGUAACUGUUGAGGGAUGAGACUCUGGGAAAGAGUAAUCUAAAAGUCUUCUAGUAAGAACUCUUUGGAGUUUCCUUUUGUUUUUCCACAGCGGGAGAGAGCAGAGGUGAAUAUUUUAGCCCCCUGACAGGAGGUGUUUUCUUUUUGGAGUUGUGUAGACAUGAAGAACGCUGUGUUAGCGUGGUGCCUUGGGGCGCACCGAAAGCUGAGUCUCUAUAGUAAGCCCUCUGCUGCCAACUGGAACAGUAUGUCCGUUUUCCAGUCACACUGGAACUGUCUGUUUGAACACUGAAAAUAAAUGGUUUAUUUAUGUUAUAGUAUCUUAAAACAAAGCACUAACGGGUAGAAAUGUCUUUUUUGUACUAAGUGUAAAAAAUACUUUUUAGAAAACUCUGACUGAAGAUUAUGCGUGUCUUUUAGAAAAUGGUACCUAUCCCACUAUCAAUCCCCCUUUUUUCUAAAAUGGUUUCAUUGCUAUUGGUGUGUUGACUACAACAACAAAAAAAUCAACAUUAAAGUGUAUUUUACAAUUAGAAUCAGUCACAUCGGUUCUAUUUUGCUGUAGCAUAGCUUUUGUUUGCAGUCAUUUAUGAACCAGAUGGUAGUCCUACAUCCUGUCUGGGUUAUUUUGCAUUUUCAAGCAAAGACAGUAGCAAGAGCACUCCUUUCUUAACCGCAAAGAUCCUUCCUCAAUUCAUUUAACGUGAUAUUGACAUGUUGCCGCAUGUGCUGUCGAGAUACGCCUCAAAUGAAAAUCAUAUUAACUCCAAUUUGACUGAGUUUUGAAAUGUAUUGCAAAGAAAAACAAGACUGAGAAUCAAAGUGAGUGAAGUCUGCUGGUCUCGAGAGGAAAUACAAGGCGUCAGCCAAUGGCUUCAUUCAUUCACUGCAUACAAAGCUGUGAUCUCAUUCUCAUCUGUAUUCAUUGGUUGCGGUUAUGCUAUACAAAAGUGUCCGGUUCCGUAGAGUUUCAGUGACGUAAAACAUCAGAACACAUCAUUUAGGCACUUUAUCAUAAUCGAUCAUGAUGCUCAUCAUCUAUUUUUUUUCAUGCUUAAGCUUCAUAUGUUGAUAUGAGACUAUUUGUUUUUUUUCUGCUGAUUUGAGAUCAUGACGACGCAAGGUCUACUUCUCAGACGGGCCAGUUUCUUUCUUGUUUAAUUUUCUUGGUUUUUCAUGAGAUAGACAGAUCUGUCAUUGUGUGCACAGUGAAUAAUAAACGUUCAAUUUAGGUGAAAGGUGCUGUUUUAUUGUAGUAACGAUGCAAAUCUAGUGCUUUCAUCGUUUUCAAUGAUGGUAUCAAUGUAGGUGCUACUCAAAUACAAUAGUAGUUUAAUUAACCGGAUAGUCUGCUGACUAAAGCAAACUAUUUAACGCCAUCUAGACCUGAAGAUUUAUCAAAUGAGUAUGUGUUCUAAUAUUGAUUAAAAGCACUGCAGCCUGUUACUCUUUCAAGAUACAGUAUAAACUCACAAACAAAGGGAUAAACGCGUGAAAAUGAUCCGAUUUAUCUCUCAGAUAGUUUCUCAUCGCUACACCCACAUAUUAGAAAGACUAAUCCUGAAGUUACUGAUUAACAUAACUGGAGUCAAUUGUUUACUUUGCCAUGUUUAAGUUCUCUACGAUAUCCAGAGAGUUAUCAUAACUUUUAUGGCAGAAGACCAUAUAUUGUUUGGGCCAAGUGCAUGUUGAUUCACAUAAUAUUGCGUGUCAGUGCUCAUCUCAGUUGCCCAUGACAACUGUUCCACCAAAUAUCCAAAGGGCUUAUUAUUUGGGCUCUGACUCCCUGCAAUGGAACACAUUCUUAAUAUGUCUGGCCAUUGUAUGUAGAGAUUUUAAGCCGCCAUUGUCGAUAUAAAAAAUGUCCCUUAUUCAGAAGUUCCAACCACCGUGAAAAUGGCUAUUGGCGUUGCGAAGGAAGCAUAAAUCAUUAAAUAUCAUAAAUAAAUAAAUCAACCAG